CGAGCGACAUUGAAUUAUCACGUACUACUGUUUCUAGCUUAGUUGAUUUCUGUAGCAAUCAGCUCUUAAGUACUGCCAUUGCACAUUCAGUAGAUAUGCCACGUCGAAAUCAAAGGUCGUCAAGAAAAAGAUUUUUUGAAGAGCAUUAUUUUGAAGAUGAACAUGAAAAGACAGCAGAUGACAAUGCAAAUAUAAUAGUUAAGCAACGUGCGAACACAAAAUCAGUAAGACAAAGUUUUUUCGAAGACUUGGGCAACGGAAGCACAUCAGCGGUUUCUGAAACUUUCAAAGAACAAGAUUAUUCGAUUAAUGCCGGAACAACAGUAGAUGGUAGUGCCGUUGAAUUUGAGAGUGUUGAUGCGUUGGAACAGUUGUCAGGAAAGCGGUGUGGGAACACAAAGUCGGCCAGAAAAAUGUUUUUUCAAGACUUGGGAAACAAAUGCACAUCUCAAGAUAAUGCAAUUAAUGCUGGAUCAAUAGUGCAUAGUGCUAUCAUUCAAGAUGAACACGUAAAUGCAUCAAAACAAUUGGAUGGUGAGAUGGGCAGCUGCGACAAAAUUGUUGGAAAUGUAUUUCAGAAUUUAUCUUCAAUUGGCCAAGCAUAAUACCAAAGACAGCUUCAAGGUGUUGUUACAGAGUACAAAGACUUUGGCAACUGUUUGUUUCAAUGUGUUCAUUGCAAUGCAUAUUAUUGGCGAGAUGAGACAAACGCACGUGGAGUCUACACCGGUUGUUGUAUGGGAGGACAAGUGAAAUUGCAACCAUCCAAUCCGACUCCACCAUUCUCGAGUAUCUAUUAGAUUCAAACAAUGGUACAAAAAGUACACAUUUUCGAGAAAAUAUACGUGUAUACAACUCUAUGUUUGCUUUUACUUCAAUGGGUGCAGACAUUGAUAAAGAGAUAAACAAAGAU